AGAUGUCAAGCAACCAACUGUCUGCCAGCAUUCCCGCUACCAUCAGCACACUCACCCAAGUUUCUCGCCUGUCGCUCGGGGGUAAUCAGCUCACGGGUUCAAUUCCUGUGGAAAUUGGCUCUCUACUAUCUCUGGCAUCUCUACGUUUCAAGCAACCAGCUAUCUGGCAGCAUACCUGCUGCCAUCAGCACACUCACCCAAAUUUCUCACCUGUUGCUUGGGAGUAGUCAGCUCACGGGUUCAAUCCCUGUGGAAAUUGGCUCUCUACUAUCUCUGGCAUCCCUCUCUUUCUACUUCAACAUGCUGACAGAAUCUUUUCCCUCCUCCAUCACGAAGCUCACUGCUCUUACUUUUUUCAGUCUCUAUGGCAAUCGGCUCAGUGGCUCAAUUCCUGCUGAGAUUGGUAACAUGACAAAACUAGCAUUCCUGUCACUCGCCUUCAACCAGCUGUAUGGGAGCAUACCAAGUACUCUCACCCAGCUCACGCAGCUCACAUUCUUAGACCUCUCUCACAACUUCCUCACAGGCCGCGCACUGAAGCCCCUUGCUGCGCUAACCCUGGAUCUCUCCAGCAAUUUCCUCUCGGGCCCUCUGCCCGACGGGGCAUGCCAGCCUCGCUCUUUUGAUGCCAACUGCUUCACGUUGCCGCUUGGCUGUGCCUCAGUGCCGCAGCGACAGGAGGCUGCAUGCAAUGCAUUCUGUGGCGUCUCCUCUGCUGCUGGUGCUACUGCUGCUGCUGCGUGUGGAGGACAUGGGGUGUGCUAUCCAGAGGGGGCUAGCUUGGCACCCACAUGUCUGUGUGAUGCGGGAUUCGUGCAAUUUGGAGGGAUCACCUGUGUUGCUCAAGGGCAGAACAAAAACUACUCAAGCAGUCAGGCGGUUCUCCCACCAGCAUCUAUACUCACCAGGGGGGGGCAGUGCGAGACGAAGGGGAACUUCACCGCAGAGCCGGUGAAGUUGUUUGUGUACGAGGCACACCAGGGACUGUCGCGGUGUGGGCUGCAGCUCGCCUUUCACGCCAACUUCACCUUCUCCCUCUCGCCUCGAUCUGGCCACGUGGGCUUCAACGGCUUAGCGUUUGUCAUCUCGGCAACGGACCAGGUGGGGAGUGGCGCUGGUGUGGGGUAUGGUGGAAUGGACACACGGAGCAUGGCGGUGGAGUUUGACACUCUGCGGAACAAGGAGCACGGCGACAUGAGCAGCCAGCAUGUGGGGCUGAACGUUCGAGGCGAGGACAAAUCUCUAGUCGCUGUGAGGUCGCCCUUCCCUUUGAGCAACAGGAAGGCGUACACGGCGUGGGUGGACUAUGAGCCAGGAGACCCCGGCACCAUCCAGGUCUUCCUGGCUGACUCGCAGGAGAAGCCGCAGCAGGCGGUGCUGGAGUGGAGGCUGGCGCUGUGUGAGGUGCUGCAGGGUGCAGUUGAUCAGCCCGCCUUCUUCUUUGGCUUCGUGGCGUCCACCACUGUGAAGCCGUUUCAGCGGCAUGUCAUUCUUGAAUCGACAGUGGAUACAGGCCUUCCUGCUUCUCCCCGAACAGUCACACGUAAUACAGCCUAUGGCCUGCAGCUAUCAACGAACACAUACAUGCCAGCACGGGCCAGCCCCUUCCCGCGCUAUGUGAGUGCGGACUACCGUGUUGCGCCCAGCAAGCAGGACUCGUGGGUCAUCAGCGACUUCCACUCCUGGGACUCCGUGCCCUUCCUUGGCUGGCCCGUCAAGGACCAAAGAGACUGCAGUGCUUGUUGGGCGUUUGCGCUGGUGGCGAGUGUGGAAGCGGCAUACGGCAUUGCCUUGAAUGCACAGGCACCGCAGCUAUCAGUGGAGUCACUCUUUGCAGCCAUGGGGCUCACCUCCGAAGCUGACAAGUGCAGCACGGGGGGCUCCCCCACCGAGGCGUUGGAAAGGCUUCUCAUGCUGCCUCGCGGUGGAGUCACAGAGGUUGGAGCGCCUAAAAGGGAGUACCCUAUUCACGGCUUUGAGCACACAAGGUUCAAGGGGUUUGUGGGGCUCAUGCUGGCAGUGCGAAGACAGCCAGUGGUGGUUCACAUAGAGGCUUCUGCUCCGAGUUUUGCACAAUAUGACGGGACCUUCAAGUACCAGGAUCCUGGCUGCUAUACCGGCAGACUGGACCACGUUGUACUCGUUAUUGGAUACUUCAUCUUGAGAAAUGACGGCAGCCAAAAUCGCAUUGCGCCUCCAUUUUGGAUCAUCCGCAACUCGUGGGGAGUGGAGUGGGGUGACCGCGGCCACAUGCGCAUGGACAUCCAGGGAGGGGAUGGCGUGUGUGGCAUCAACGUGCUGCCUGGCAUCUACCCCAUAGUCAAGAUCCCUAAGGACCCUUGCGGCCAGAGGAGCUUCAAGGGUGAUGGUGACCUGCAGCCCAGCAUGAACCCGUGUGGGCGGUUCACAUGCCGGGCUAACUUACGGAACAACAGCAAUUCGUGUGACUGUUCCAUUCCAAACGAAUCUAAGCAGCCAUUUGUUCAAGUUGCAAACGGACAUGGCUCUCAAACGUGUGCUUACUUGGACGUGUGUGGGUCUGACUUGAAGAACCCAUGCUACGUGGGCGCAUGCAUCAACGAUGGCAAGGGCUCCUACUCCUGCAUCUGCCCCCCCAACUACGUUGAAAGCACAACCAUUGACAGCCUCCCCACCUGCGACCCAGCCAACAUCACAGCCAGCACCCUCGCAGUGAGUGGGAGCAACUGGUGGUGCCCCGAUGUCCUCUCUAUUGUGGGCCUCUCACUUCCCCAAUUCACACAGCAGAAUAAGGGCAUUGACUGCAAUCAGGCUUUGCCUCGUGACAUGUUGCUUCAGCUGGGAAUUCCUCUCCUCGUUCCCUGCACUGCGUUCUUCUACACCCUCAGUGGCGACACAUGCUGGUCCAUCAGCGCCCAGCUGUUCCUCACCACCAGCAACCUCACGGCACUCAAUCCCGGCCUUGACUGCUCUGAGCCCAUCAAGGCGGGCCGCUCUCUGUGCGUCGAGCGAAACGCCACCUUCGCCUUCACUGUGCCUCGGUGCCUUCGUUACGGCGUGCUUACAGCACAGAACACGUGUGAACGCCUGCUGCUGGAGGCGGGGAGUGAGGACGACCCAACGGGGGCUGGAAAGGUGAACGCUGUGCGCUGGGCUGAGCUGUACCGCAACAAUCCCGGCCUCAUCUGCUCGAGUGUCAUCCCGGUCUCCGCCUCUGCUGUUGGCAGCAACACUGGCGUGCAG